AUGUCAUCAAAAUAUCUCUAUUUUCUCAUCAUCGCCGCCGCCGCCCUUCUUUCCACCAUCUCCGGCAGGCCGCUAUCAGCGAAGGAGCUGGAAGCAAACGCUAAUUUAGGUGGAAGCUUCGGUAUUGGAGCCGGUGCCAACAUGGGUCAAGGCGGUCUUCUCGGCGGAGCUGUGCCGGGGAUGAACACCGGUGUCGCCGGCGGAAUUGGUGGCAGUAUUGGUACUGGUUUUGGCGGUCUACCCGGUGGCGUUGGUGGUCAAACUGGUGGAGUUGGUGGAGAUGGUGGAGGGCUUGGUCAAGGAUUUGGCGGUGGUGGGGUGUAUGGAGGUGGUGGUGCGAGAGGUGGUCAGGGAUUCGGAAGUGGUGGUGCAGCUGGUGGUAGUGGUGGAGAUCAAGGGUUUGGUGGGGGUGGUGGGUUGGGGCGUAGUAUUGGGAUUGGGGGCGGAAUUGGGGGCGAUACUGGAUUGGGCAACGCGGGAAUGGGUGCAGGUAUAGGUGGUCGGAUUGGUGGCGGUGGUCCAGGUGGGUUUGGUAACGGUGGUAUUGGUGGAGGAAGUAUGGAGGGGCAGGCGGAGACAUACGGCGGAGGGUUGCCGUGA